CUCCUCUCUCCCUCCCCUUCCAUCCCAUCAUCCACCGCCCCAGCUGAUCCGGAGCGGCUGCACCCCCUGCAGACUUCGGGCUGGAGCGCGCGCGUAAAAAAAAAAAAAAGUGGAGGAAAAAAAUUUGCCGGUUGAUAUGAGUUUAUGGUGCCUCUAGAGCUUGAAAAACAUGGAAACCUUCAAAAUAUCCCCGGCCACUGAAGAGCAGUCUUCCACAGACAUCGAUGAUCUCCAUUAUUCACUGCAAGCGGAGCAGGAGAAUACUCAAAAGAGAACUUUCACAAGCUGGGUCAACUCACAGUUGGAAAAGCAUUCACCACCUUCUCUUAUCUCGGACCUGUACGCCGACAUCGGUGAGGGACAUGUGCUGUUGGAUCUUCUGGAGGUCCUUUCAGGACAACAACUGCCGCGUGAAAAAGGAUCAAACACCUUCCAUUGCAGAAGCAACAUUGAAAAUGCUUUGAUCUUCCUGAAGAACAGAUCGAUCAAACUAAUCAACAUCCAUGUUGCUGAUAUCACUGAAGGGAAACCAUCCAUUGUGCUUGGCCUGAUUUGGACAAUCAUACUACAUUUUCAUAUUGAAGAGUUGGCCUGGACUCUUGCUGGCGGGUACAGUCAGCCUUCUCUGGACGGGGCGAGUGCUGCGGGGACCUCACCAACAGCAAGCCCACCAGCUGAAAGAAGUGCCACAGCAAAGGAACGAUGGAAGAUGUCAGCAAAGAAGGCCCUGCUGUUGUGGGCGAAGGAGCAGUGCGCCAUGCAUGGAUCCAUCAGCGUUGCAGAUUUCAGAUCCAGUUGGAGGAAUGGAUUGGCUUUCUUAGCUGUCAUUCAUGCCUUACGGCCAGACUUGGCCGAUGUGGAGAGCGCGAAAGGCAGGUCCAAUAAAGAGAAUCUAAAAGAGGCCUUCGAAAUUGCUGAGAAGGAACUAAAUAUUCCCCGGCUGCUUGAACCGGAAGAUGUCGAUGUCAUCAGUCCAGAUGAGAAAUCCAUCAUGACGUAUGUGGCCCAGUUUCUGCAGUAUUUCAAAAGUUUACCUGUGGCUGAAGAGGACAUGCAGGGAAAAGUCCAUGAGACCUUGAGCUGGCUGAGGGCUCAAGAAAGAAAAUUAACAAAAUUGCUGGCUGAAACCGAGACCGCACCCUUUUACACGAAGUUCCAAGAGAUGCUGUCAUUUACAGAAACAUUUAACGAGGAGAAAAAAGCCUUCUUGCCUGUACUGGCAUCUAAAAGAAAAGCGUUGGAGCUGAGUGACGAUUACCUGAGGAUGAGGGAAGAGUGGAACAGCAUCUAUUCACAGAUGAAUGAAUGGAAAGCAAAGCUGGACCUGUUGUUACCUCCACCUCUCGAUGUCAUUGAAUCCUGGCUCCAAGAGAUAGAGCAUCAGCUGGCGGAAGACCUACCAGAUUCUCAAGACCACUGUAAAGCAAUGGCUGUCCUUGAAGGAAAAAUGAGAUCCAUCCAGAGCUCGAUGGAAUGUUUCGAACGGCACUUGGAGACCCUGCAGUCCUUCGAGAACAGAGAUAAGGAAGGCACGCUGCUGGUGCCCCCUCAGAAGCUGAAUGAAAUGAAGAGGAGGUUCAGCAACAUUCAGCUGACAGAUUUCAACAUCUUUGUGGAGUACCACCACUUGCUGUGCUCUGCUGUCCUGGAGGAGCUGAUAUCUAAACUGAACAUCUGGCACAUCAAGUAUGGGACCAAGGAGACUGUGGAGUCGUUGCUGUCAGAAUGGCAUGAUUUUAUUGAAGAAAAAGGCUUUGUUGGCCAACUAGAUGCAGCCUUGAAAGUAUGUGACGAGAAGAAGAACAAAAUUAUAAGCACUUCUAAUUUGGGCGCUGGUCCUGAAGAUGCAGGCAAACUGUUUAAGAUGGUAAAAUCUCAGAUUUCCAAGUGCAAGGGAUACAUUAACAAUGUGAAUGAAACUUUGCAAAAAGUCUUGUCGUCCUGGGCCACCUAUACGGAGAACAUCCACUUGCUAAAGUCUUGGCUGGAAGAGACGCGGAAAGAGCAUCCUAAAAAAAUCCCCACACAGUCCCUCGCGGCCUGGAACUCCCGGCAUGGAUCUUUAAACGAAGCUGGAAACUUUUUGAUUGAAUCCAGCAAUGAGGAAGUGGGCUCAGCUGUUUCUGGAGAACUGAAAAAACUGAACAGAAAAUGGGCCAAACUUAUAAAGAAGACACAGUUUGAGAUGAAGCGGCUGAGAAUGCAAGAGGAAGACACGGAAUGCCUCAGAGGAGGCUCUUAA